GUGUAUUUACAAUGGCUGCUUCAAGGGAAUCUCGUCAUAAUGCAGGGAACAGGAUGUCGAAAGUGCUGGAAGGUGAAUUGGAUGAAGAUGAGUUUUAUAAAACAACAUAUGGAGGGUUUAAUGAGGAAGAGGAGGACAACGACUUUAGCUCCGGUGCGGAAGAUUCAGCGGACGAAGUGGAUUCUGACUUUGAUCGAUCGGAGCAUGAUGAUGUUGUAAGCGACGAGGGUGAAGAUAAACCACGCAAGAAGAAGAAGGGGGGAGUGAUGACCAAAGCUUACAAGGAACCCGCUGUGAAGAAGAAGAAGGAAACAUCGGAACAAACCGAUAUAAAGAUGGCGAAAGUUUCAGACGAUAAAAAAACGGUUGAAACUAAACUUGGUGGAGUUUUGGAUAAAGAUUUGGAUGCCCCAAUGAGAAAAUCAUCAAGAAGAGCCACUGCGGCUAAUUCAUUACUGACCAGUAUUCGACAAAAGGAGAGAGAAAUAUCGGAUAAAAAGAAAAAAGAAAACCCAAGAAAGCAAAUGAUUGGGAUACGUAGAUUAACCCAAGAAGAAUUAUUGGCGGAAGCUGAAAAGACAGAAAGACGGAAUCUAAAGUCUCUCGAAAAUUACCAACGAUUGGAAGCAAGUCGGAAGAAAACUAUGGUGAAAAAACGAACGUUUAAUGUUCCUACCAUUAACGUGUAUUCAACUGGAAUGCCGGUUCUGCAUUCAAAGCCGGAAGUCGAUGUGGAAAGUGUUGAUUCCCCGCAACCCAAUGAAUUCAACAAUCAAUGCAAAGCCUCGCGUUCGUUUAUCAUAUUUUCACACGACGCAACAUUUGAUGAACAUUUCCGAUGGAAGAAACGACGACCGGUGCAAAAACUUCUGUGUCCUGUGACUAAGAAAGUGGCGCGGUACAAAGACCCCCUCACUAAAAUACCGUAUUAUGACGCAGUUGCCUUCAAACAAAUACGCGAAGCUUACUCAUCAACCAUGCAAGAGUUACGCACAAAGGGAGUGGUCAAGUAAAGUUGUUGUUGAAUAUUAUCAAAGCAGUAAACAGCUAGCUUAGACACGGGAUGUUUUGGGAAAAUUAACGGGCACGCAGUGACAACUUAUGGUGGAAAUAAAUUUGGUUGAAUUUA